UUUUUACCUUCGUUAUCUUUUAAUCGUGCUUUUGUGGAAGGUUGAUCAAGCUUUUUGGGUAACACAUUGAGCAUCAAAGUCAUUAAAGGGGAGGAAUUAGGAGCUGUAGCUGGGAUCAACUGUUCACAUUCAGCACUAAGUAAACCCCAUGAUGAUGGCCCAGCCUAAAACCCUUUGAUAAUUUGAAAGUUAUGGAUGAAGAAAUUCGUAGUAGUACAACUAAUGAUGAUAGUAGUGAGCACCGCCGAAGGCAACAAAUAUGGAUUGAAUGCACAACAACGUUUAUCCAAUUUAACGGCUGAGGAGAGAUCUCGCUGGCUUGCAAGGCGUAAUGAAUCUCAGAGACAAAGGCGUCGUGCAAGACAAUAUCAAUUAUGUGACCGUGCAGAAAUUGGAAGACAAAUCCGAUUACAAAGACAAACAUCUGAGCUAGAAAGACAACAUGUUCGGCAUCCGUUGUCACAAGAGCGCGAUCAACUAAUGCUGGCCCUGCACAUAGAGUAGUAGCGUGGGAACAACCGAUCAAUAACAUAGGUGCAGGUAUCCCAAGAGGUGCGCGCUUAAGUAUCAUAAUAAGAUUGGCACGAGAUCAAUGUUCUACUACUAUGAAAACUUUUGGACAACAAUAUGUGAAUGGGGUUGGUCAAUCUGUCAGAAAUGUUGUGAGGUUAAGUAGCAUAAGAAGACUAGCACGGAAUCACCACUCACCUACUGAGGAAAUUGUUGGCAUACCAAAUAAUGGGGAUGAACCUUCACAUGUAUACACAUCUGCCAAUAUUCCAAUCGAGCAAGACGGGGAAUUUGAGUUUGUAGAAGAAAUUGAGUUUGCCAAUGAAAAUGAAGUUGUCAAUGCUCCGGCUCAAAGGCGCCCAAGAACAACAUUUAGAUACCGCAAUUGUGCGAGAAAUUUUCGAGAUUAUAUUGGGUUUCAUACAUUUUCUUUCCCCCCUCCAAAUGUGUGCUUCCAUUGCCAAGCAAAGUUAUUUUUCCGUGAGAGUCGUGACUUUUGUUGUCAAAAUGGUAAAACAAUCAUGCCUCAUAUACCAUCACCACCGGAGUUAUUGUUGUUAUUUAAUGACAGUACAAGCAAAGGUAAGCAUUUCAGACACCAUAUUCAAGCAUAUGACCAUAUAUUUGCAUUUACUUCAAUGGGCGUACAUAUUGAUGAAGGCUUGGCUAAUGGUAAAGAUGGAGUGUACUCAUUUCGUGCUCAAGGAGCUAUCUAUCAUAAGAUUGGCAGUUUGUUACCAACCCCAGGAAAUAGGCCACGGUUUAUCCAGUUAUACAUAUAUGAUACAGAUCAUGAAGUUGACCAUAGAAUUGCAUAAAAUAAUUUAUUACAUAGAGAUGUUGCUGAGGAAUUAAAGAACAUAUUAGACUCAAUAAAUCCAUUUGUACACCAACUUAGGCAGCUUGGGCAACGCCAAGAUAUCGAAAAUUGCAAGCUCUGUAUCAAAUAACAGCCUAAGAAUCAACCACAGUAUACUCUCCCCUCGGCAUCCCAAGUAGCAGCCAUAGUUGUUGAAGGUGGUCAGAAUGAACUGAUAAAGGGAAGAGAUAUUGUUUUCCAAACAACGGGCGGAGAUCUACUACGAAUCGCUGAAACUGCUGGAUACUAUGAUCAAUUACAGUAUCCACUUUUACUUCCUUGUGGAAGUUACGGAUGGGACAGACAUAGCAGACAUAACAAUGGGAGGAAGAUUAGCUGUAGAGAUUUCUAUUCUUGCCAAUUACAGAUCCGCGACAGUGAUGAUUCUCUUUUUCUCCGAGGGGGCCGAUUAUUUCAGCAGUACGUAGUUGAUAACUUCGUAAAAAUCGAUGUUGAUAGGCUGCGAUGGAUGAAGAAUAAUCAACCAGCCAUUCGGGCAGAAAUGUAUCAAGGUUUACAAGAUGCAUUGGCAGCAGGAGAAAACGAUUCAGGAACCAUUGGUAGGAGAACAAUACUUCCUUCAUGGUAUAUUGGAGGUCCGAGAGAUAUGUACCAACGGUACCAAGAUGCAAUGGCUUUAGUUCAGAAGUACGGGAAACCUGAUCUCUUUAUAACUAUGACGUGCAAUCCUGGAUGGCCAGAGAUCACAAAUGCGUUAAAACCAGGCCAAACACCAUCAGACCGUCCAGAUUUGACAACAAGGGUAUUCCGUGCAAAGUAUGAACAAUUUAAAGAAGAUAUCUUCAACAGAGGGGUCUUAGGAAAGGUAGUUGCACAUGUACACGUGGUCGAGUUUCAAAAAAGGGGAUUACCACAUGUUCAUAUGUUAAUAAUUCUCGACGAACAAGAUAAAUUGCACACACCAGAAGAUUAUGAUCGGAUAGUUCCAGCAGAAAUACCGGAUAAGAACGAGGAACCAGAGUUAUAUAACGCAGUAAUUAAGUGGAUGAUACACAAACCAUGUGGAAGGCAAAAUCGAAAUGCUCCUUGCAUGAAAGGUGGAACUUGCAAAAAGAAAUAUCCAAAGCCAUUUGCACCGACUACACUUCAAGGAAACGAUUCUUACCCAAUUUAUCGGAGAAGAGACACCGGUCGAUUAGUGUGUUUAGACAGUAAAGGUGAUCAAAUGGUUGACAACAGAUGGGUUGUUCCUUAUAAUGCAUGGUUGCUGCGAAAAUAUGACUGUCACAUCAAUGUAGAGAUAUGCAGCAGUAUAACAAGCGUGAAAUACUUAUAUAAGUAUGUUUACAAAGGACCUGAUCAAGUUCCUUUUGAAGUUAUACCUGGGCGAAAACAUGAUGAGAUCCAAAAAUUUGUGGAUGCAAGAUGGGUUUGUGCUCCUGAAGCAUUGUGGAGGAUAUAUAAAUUUUCAUUGAAUAGGAUAUAUCCGUCAGUAAAGCGUUUCCAGAUUCAUCUCCCAAAUAAGCAGCAUGUAACUUAUUAUGCUCACCAAUCUGUUACCGAUGUUUUGAAUGAUGACAGAAACUCAAGGACAAUGCUGACAGAAUUUUUUUCAACAAAUCUUAGUGAUGUCUGCGCUCGACAGUAUUUAUACUGUGAAUUUCCAGAACAUUAUCGUUGGAUUGAUAGCGACAAAAUCUGGAGGCGAAGAUAAUCACGUCAAAAGGUAAUUGCGAGGAUAUAUACGGUAUCACCAUUAGAGGAGAUAGAUUUUUCUUGCGUCUAAUUCUUAAUCAUGUCAGAGGGCCAACAUCAUUUGAUGAUCUUUUAAAGGUUGGAAAUGUCAGAUAUCCAACUUUUAAGCAGGUUGCCGAGAAACUAGGUUUGUUGGAAGAUAACCAGAGUAUCAGAACAUGUUCAGUGGAAGCAUCUUCCGUCAAAAUGCCGUCAGCUCUUAGAAGACUCUUUGUGACAAUUUUAGUUUACUGCAAGCGAAUUGGUGUGCGAAAUUUAUGGGAUGAAUUCUUCAAAUACAUGAUCGAAGAUUAUCCAUCAUCGAGUACUACAAAUACUGUGAUGUUGAUCAACCGCCUAUUAAUUGAUCUUAAUAGUCAAUUGAUGCAACAUAACAAAAGUGUUCAUGAUUAUGAUCUUCCGCGUAUGAGUGCAGGUUAUGAAGAAGGUUUAAGUGCAUCAAGGUUGAUUCAAGAUGAAAUGUUCAUUUCGAUCCCGAAAGAAGACAUGCUUGCCAUUCAGAAUCUUAAUACGGACCAAUGAAGUGCAUAUGAUACAAUCAUUGCAGCUGUUGAACGGAAAGAAAGGCGACUUUUUUUUGUCGAUGGCCCAGGAGGAACUGGAAAAACCUUUUUAUACCGCUCAAUUUUGGCUAAACUCAGAAGCGAAGGACAUAUCGCGAUUGCAACAGCAACAUCUGGGAUAGCAUCAACAAUAUUACCAGGUGGGAGAACUGCGCACUCAAGGUUUGAGAUUCCACUUUUUCUUAUUCCUACAUCAACAUGUGCGAUCAGUAAACAAUCAGAACUUGCAAAUCUUAUUCGUCAGUCUGUUAUACUCAUUUGGGAUGAAGCAAUGAUGACACAUCGCCAUGCUUUUGAAGCUUUAGACAUAACUCUGCAAGAUAUAAUGGAUAAAGAUCUACCUUUUGGUGGAAAAAUCGUUAUUUUAGGUGGUGUUUCUAGGCAAGUACUUCCUGUAGUCCCAAAUGGUACAAGGGCUCAAACAGUUGAUGCAUGUGCGGUUCGAUCAACUUUAUGGGAGAAAUUUGAAGUGUUGCGUUUAAAAGAAAAUAUGCCUGCUAGAGAUGAUCCAUCAUUUUCAGAAUUUUUGUUACGUGUUGGAGAUGGCGAGGAGCCAUCUUUAGAUGGUGAGUUGAUAAAGGUUCCAGAUGAAAUGGUUAUACCAUGGCAAGGUGAAGAUUCCGUGGACACUUUAAUUGAAGUCGUCUUCCCUAAUUUACUUGACAAAGGGAUGGAUAAAGAUUACAUGGUUGUUAGAGGUCUAAUUACUCCACUGAAUGAGCAUGUAGAUAAACUUAAUGGAAAUAUUAUCAACAUGUUUCCAGGUGAUGAGGUCACGUAUCAUUCCUUCGAUUCAGUUCAAGAUGAUACGCGUAAUUUAUACCAACAAGAGUUUUUAAACUCAAUGUCUCCUGGAGGUUUGCCGCCCCAUAUUUUAGUGUUGAAGUUGGGUUCACCGAUAAUGCUUCUACGGAACAUUGAUCCGAAAAAUGGGCCGUGUAACGGAACACGACUGAUAUGCAAAGGGUUUUACAGGCACUUGAUAGAUGCUGAAAUAGUUACGGGGCAUUAUGCGGGUAAAAGAGUUUUCAUCCCAAGAAUUCCAUUAAAACCUCCAGAACAUAUAAAGUUUCCGUUUACGUUAAUCAGAAAGCAAUUCCCGAUUCGGUUGAGCUUUGCACUUACAAUCAACAAGGCGCAAGGACAAACCAUUCCAAAUGUAGGAAUUUAUCUACCAGAAGAUGUUUUCAGCCACGGACAACUCUAUGUCGCUCUGUCAAGAGGAGUAUCCAAAGCAACUACAAAAGUUUUGGUAAAAAAGACUAAUGAAGAACGAGGAAACUCUACUUUCACUAAAAAUGUGGUCUACAAAGAAGUUCCGUUUUCUUGCAACUCAGGAUAGAUGGAAGGCAUGACUGUAAUUGUUUUUGAGUUGGUAUUUUGUUUACUUAUACUACGUUCUUUUCAAACGACAUUUUUUUUUUGGUGUUCUUAA